ACUCAUGUCAGAUUUCAGCUUUGAUGCCUCGACCAAAGGUUCUUCAAAGGAUCUCUAUGCUUUAUGACUCACUGUGACUCUUCAACAUCCUCCACUGGAACAAUGGUGACUUCCAGAAAACAAUAUGUGGUUUCCAGGCCGGUGUACUCUGAGGACAGCCUCGCUGAAGAUCAUGAAAAGAUUCAGAGGAAACACAAAGCUCUCACUGCCCAUGUUAAGGAAUAUUUAACCUGUGAUGCAAAGCGGGCCAAAGCAGCGGUUCUCUCUGCCCUGCCUGUCAUUGGCUGGAUGAGGAGCUACAGAGUCAGAGAGUGGCUGCUGGGGGAUGUGGUGUCUGGGGUCAGCACUGGACUGGUGGCCAUCAUGCAGGGCCUGGCCUUCUCCCUGCUGGCCUCGUUGCCUCCCAGCUACGGCCUCUACACGGCUUUCUUUCCUGUGCUAACAUACUUUUUUCUUGGCACCUCGAGGCAUAUAUCAGUAGGCCCCUUUCCUGUCCUGAGCCUCAUGGUGGGAGCGGUGGUGACCCGCCUAGUCCCUGAUGAAGGAGCACAUGCAAAUAUUACCGACUUUGAAGGUCUGACCCAGGAUCAGAGGAGAGUCCUGGUUGCCUCUUCUAUGACUUUCCUCAUGGGUAUUUUCCAGCUGGCCAUGGGUGUCCUGCAGGUGGGCUUCAUUGUCGUCUACCUUUCAGAAACUCUGGUCUCCGGCUUUACCACAGCAGCCGCUGUUCACAUCUUGGUUUCUCAACUCAAAUUCGUUUUCGGUUUGACUGUUCCGGGAAUCAGCGGCCCACUUUCUAUAAUAUAUACCUUGGAAAAGAUCUUUGUCCAGAUCACCUCCACCAACAUCUGCGACCUGGUUAUGUCCAUAGUGAUCAUGGUGGUAGUGUUCAUUGUAAAGGAGCUUAAUGACAGAUACAAAGCCAAGCUGCCUUUUCCUAUUCCCAUAGAGGUUAUAAUGACUGUUAUAGCUUGUGGAAUUUCCUACAAACUCAACUUUGAAGAUAGGUAUAAGGUUGACGUUGUUGGCAAAAUGGUUAGCGGGUAUGAGUCUCCUAUUGCACCAAGCGUGGAGGUCUUCCAGGAGAGUGCCGUGGAGGCCUUCCCUGUAGCCAUCGUAGGAUUCGCUGUGGCCUUUUCAGUCGCCAAAGUGUACUCUAUUAAACAUGACUACCCCAUCGAUGGCAACCAGGAGCUUAUUGCGUUUGGGGUUAGCAACAUAUUUGGAGCAGCGUUCAGUUCCUUUGCAGCCAGCACUUCCCUCUCCAGAACUGCAGUGCAGGAAAGUUCUGGAGGCAAAACGCAGACCGCAGGGCUGAUCUCAGCCAUAAUCGUGAUGAUUGUAACGCUGGCCCUGGGCUUCCUCCUGGCUCCUCUUCCAAAGUCUGUUCUGGGUGCCCUGGUAAUCGUCAACCUUAAGGGGAUGCUGAUGCAGCUCAGAGAAAUCCCGUACCUUUGGAGGAGAGACAAGCCGGAGUGUGUGGUGUGGGUCGCAACCUGCCUGGGUGCCAUUCUGCUUGGACUGGAUCUGGGUCUGGCUCUGGGUUUGGGCGUGGAGCUCCUAAGCGUUGUCUUCAGGGCUCAAUUCCCUCGCUGUUCGAUUCUGGCUAAUCUCCCCGGCACCGACCUGUACAGAGACCAGAAGGAUUACCUGCAGGUGUUUCAACCAAAGGGGGUAAAAAUCUUCCGCAUACCUUCACCGAUCUUCUUUGCCAACAUCGAGUUUCUCAGGAGCAAGCUGGUAGAAGCUGUCGGGUUCAGUCCUCAGAGGGUUUUACGGAAAAGGGAAAGGGCACUCCGAAAAAUCAAGGCAACAUUCCAGAAGAGAGAUCCCACAAUCACAGAGAAAGCCUUGGAGGAUUCCUGCUGGACGACUCCCGAUGAAAUGUGUGCAAACACCGAGGAGAUGGACCCGCCGUGUGAUCCGAAGGACGUCUCGUUUCAGAUAAACAUGAACGCCGAUCUUCCUCCCGGGAUCAACUUCCCCAGAGUGGACCUCCACAGCCUGAUCCUCGACUUCUCCGCUGUUUCCUUUCUGGACAUUUCUGCGAUGAAGGGACUCAAAACGGCACUUAAGGAGUUUAUCAGAAUUGAUGUGGAUGUUUACAUAGUUUCAUGUGAUGCCCUGAUCCUGGAGAAGCUGCACAGCUGCAUGUUCUUUGACGAUGAGAUUCAGACAUCCAUGUUCUUCCCAACCCUGCAUGACGCCAUGCUGCAUGUGUUGGAAAAAUUCAAGGACAACAGAACCGUUGAUGUGAGAAACAUUUAA